AAGUUAUACAUGAAAACACCGCGUUUCCGGGUAGCGCUUUCAACAACGCAUUGAGCUCGCCGACCUGCCGGACGUUUCUAGUAACAGACGUGUAUGUAGCGUUAACUACAAUUACACUAUAGGUAGGGAAAUUAAAGCUACUGUAGUAUGUGCGCUUCUCUCAGCUGACGUCCAAAACAGCGGCUUUGUUGCUUCGCCAAAGUUCGAGUCGUCGACCCAGGCUUUUAUUUUGAAGGCGUCACGGUGGGUAUCCGAUUGAUGAGGCGUAACUGAAGGGAACUUCACGCAGCUUUUCGAUAAAGGACUCUUAUUCGGGGCGAAGGCAGACAUGGAGGAGCUGAGCGCCGUGGGAGAGCAGGUCUUUGAUGCGGAGUGCAUUUUAAACAAACGGCUGAGGAAGGGAAAGUUGGAGUUUCUUGUGAAGUGGAGGGGAUGGUCAUCCAAGCACAACAGCUGGGAGCCUCAGGAGAACAUUCUUGACCCAAGACUCCUGGCUGCUUACAAUAAAAAAGAGCAAGAAAAGGAGCUGCUGAUGCGUAAGAGAGGGAAAAGGCCAAGAGGACGACCACGGAAAAUUCUAGAAAAUGUGCCUGAAGUUUCCAAGUCAAGCAGCUCCUCAUCUGGCUCCUCAUCGUCCUCAGAUUCCUCAUCGUCAUGCUCCUCCUCUUCCUCCUCAGAUGACGAUGACGACGAUGAUGAAGAAAGCAACGAAAAACAGGCAAAUCCAGGAGUCAGAAACAGGGACCUUCACCCCGUUCCACAAAAGAAGGCACAGAUAGUCAUGGCAAAACAGGAGCCACCAAAAAAACGAAGCAGAAAACCUCUACCCCUAGAAACGAAGGAAUUUCUACAGAACAAGGGUCCUCGCAAAAUCCUGAAGACAUCCAAAGAUACGGAUCUUCCAGGAGCUAUCAAAAAACCCGUUCACCCAGCGAGCUUCACCUUCAUGGGUUUCCAUCGGAAUUCAGCCAAAGAUGCGCCGGGUAGCCAGAAUAGGAGCCUUGUGUCCCAAGGUGGGGCUGUGGCAUCUGGUAGGUCAGUCCAGCCUGCCUCCUUGGCCCUGAACAAAUCCAGUCAGAACAGGAACGCAACCGAGGGCAAAUUAUCUAUCUCCAACACGAGCAGUGGGACAAGUCUGGAUUUGAAAGCAGCUGCUAGUAAAUCAAAAGGGGUAGCAUCGUUGAAUAUGAAUACAUCCAAAAACCCCAUUCAAGGAGCAACUCAGCAUACACUAAGCCCCCCAAAUGGACAAAAGAAACCUCAGGCCCCUGUGUCAACACUGCAGCGGUUAGCCAGCACUAAAGCACCUGCAUCCGUACCACCUAAGAACGCCUCCUCCAAUCAUGGUUUAGGCCUUCAGCCACUCAACCUCCAGAACAAAUCAGUGCAAAGCAUCAACACUCCCGGAAAUGGCACUACGCCACUGUCAAGUGGUGCCAAAAAAACGCCAGUCACACAAAAUCAGGAGUAUAAUCCUAAAAGUCCCCCAGUCCUCGGAAAACCACAGGUCAAAAAGAACCAGACUGGAACAGAAACGAUAAAGGAGGCAGCCGAAAUCCAGACCUCUAGAGUUCAAGGGAGGCAAGAGAAGAACACUGUGCACAAAUCCAACACAGAGGUCCAGAGCCAGGAGGAGAGGCUGGCCCCAAAAGAUGGCAAAAAAUCUAAAAUGAACGACAUGAGCACAGGCGAAGACGAAAGCAGCUCUGACUCAGACCAGGAUUCCUCCUGUGCCGAACAAGACGGCUCGGUAGCCAUCCAGAACCAGGACUGGAAGCCCACACGCAGUCUGAUAGAACAUGUGUUUGUAACGGACGUCACUGCUAACCUUGUUACUGUCACAGUCAAGGAGUCACCGACCAGCGUGGGCUUCUUCAGCAUCCGCAACUACUGACAGGAUUCAUUCCAACCAAGCUGAUAUAGAAGCCAAUGGAAGAUUUGUGUUCUGAAGGAGCCACUGAACGCCUGGAUAAUGCUUCAGAGAAUGGAGGUUCACUUGGAUGUCAUCGUAUUUUAAUCAAGGGCCAAUUCUUAGGGAAAAAUAUUAAUGCAACCAAAUACUGGCCAUUAAUUAUUUAUUUGCUCGUCUCUACACAAUAUUGUAGAAAAGGAAGAGGAGGAAGGUCAGUAUUGACAGAAAGGCAGACAGGAGCAUGUCCAUCUCAAAACAAGCAAUAACUGGUUUCAUGCAUUAAACCAUAUAACAUUGUUACAUGUUAACAGGGUACUGGAGGGAAAUAUUUCACUCAUUAAAUUUGCCUUAUAAGUAUUAAACCAAUACUUAAACGCCCCAUAUAGAUUACCGAGUCUGCGCAAUUAUAAAUGUAUUCACUUUAUGUUCACUUGGCUUUUAUAUAUUCUAUGUUGUAUAUCUUUUUAUAUCAUACAGCAAAGCCGAAAAACCCUUAUUACAGGUGCGCUAGUGUUUUAUGGGUAGCCAACAUUUAGUUAUUGUCUCAGUGUUGUGAAUCCAUGUCGGUCACUAGCUAAUGUAAAGCAGUUAUCAAUUAUUAGUAUAGCUGUUUACUUUGUUUCAUAAAUUAGCUACCUCUAUUUCUAUAUGCAACCGUGAUUGCAUUGAAUAGCUGUAUUCAUUUCUCUUGACAUAAGAAACCCUUUACCUCUGGGGUAAAGCAUCACUGUGGCCUUGUAACCGUUUCCCUCUAGCUCUAAUGUAUUGGACACUGAUGCUGUAUAAAUUUGCAUUAGCACUGGUUACCAUGUGCAGUAACAAAAAAACAGUUCACUUCUGUGUAAUGAAAAACUCCACCAUAAAGAGUCCAGGGUUCCACACUGUCUUGACCCGUGUGCACCAUUAUCACCCCCAAAAAAAGAAGUUUCAUUCCACAGCGCAGCCACUUUAUCAACGCAGGUUUCCGAACAAGUUAAAGCAUGUGUGGGGCAGAUACCGUAUCGCUGUUCCACAGAGCGCUCAGAUAAGACUGUGCCGUAGCUGAGGUUUGCUCUUCAGCCUCCGCAUCGUUUCUGUGCUUCAACGAGGUAUUCAGCUGUAAUCUUUUCAGACUGACUUGUAAUGUGAACAAAAAAGUCCAUGUAUUGACAUAUUAGGAUGUUGACUGGACUGUACACCUGACGUAAGUCAAAGCUUUCCAAGAUCCUUGGACAUCACUGUAAUGAAUUUGCUACUUCAAGACCACUGAGAAAGUUUGGUCUCAACUGCUCAGCAUUGUUCGAUGUUCUAUACUGAGUUAGAGGCUGAAACUCCAGUUUAUAAAUAUUAUUAUUAUUAUUAUUAUUAAUAAUAACAUCAAUGCAUGGGUCUGCAUAUCUGUAGAAACUGGUGGCCCAGCCUCGCAGAGUAAAAAAUAAGCUUUAUCUCAUGUAAAGGAAGAGAAACCACAACAUUGUGAGUUGCUUUCUGCUCCCUCGAGGAGUUUGGCUACAAAGCACUUCAACUCAACUCUUCUGUGUAAUCCUGCUCCGCAGACUGUGCCUUUAUUUCUGAGCGUCAACAUUAAGGCAUUACCCCAAAGAUUGCUAGAAUUUCAGGUAGUUCUGUCAAUAACUCCCCUAGAGCACAGCAUGAAACUAGACUAUUCCUAUUUUCUUGUCUGCAUACUUUUAUAAUAGGCUAGAAACCCUGCUGAAAGAUUUAUGACUAAUAUUUAUAGAAAAGACAAAUAUUGAAAAAUGAGGCCAGGGUCUUGGUCAGAAACAUUUUCAUCAUCCCAGCAGCAUUUGGUGUGUUUAUUAAUUAAGGAAAACAUGCAUUAGGCAGAAAGUAAAGACUAGUUUAGGCUCAGUCAGUCAUCGGUCACAAUGUGCUAGGUCGUGGCAUAAUGCAAGGUGUUUAUAUAAAAAUAUAUUUUUGAUCCUUUUUUUUUACUGUAUCUACUUUUCUUAACUGAUAAUGUUCUGUUUUUAUUUUUUUUUUUAGAUCUACUAACCAUUUACAUUGAAUGUUCUCGUUACACUAUUUAUUUCAAGUUAAUACAUUUACCAGUAGGAUAGUGUCAUCGAUCCUUCUUUUAUACCACUUUAAAGUGACUAAUAAAUGGUACAAUGGAAAACA